AUCUUCGGGCUAUCGACGCAAUCCACAGCCUACCAGUCCGAAGUGCAUGAGCGCCUACACUUGCCCUUUCCGCUCCUCUCCGACGCCUCCCUCGCCUUCGCAACAGCGCUGGACUUGCCCACCUUUUCAUUCGAGGGCGAGACGCUGCUCAAGCGCAUGACGCUGCUGUGCAGAGAUGGGCAGAUCACGCGCGUCGAUUAUCCCAUCUUUCCACCCGACCAGGCCGCUCAAAGGGCUCUCAAAAUAUUGAUACCGGAUCACAUGCUCGGUGACGCUCAUGCUCAUGCUCAUGCCGCACCCGCACAGCCCGCAAUAUGA